AACGCACUCGCUCUUCGCACAUGUCCUCCGGGGCUCGUCCACCUGUCUGCAGACGUGGCAGAUGCGAACGCGGGCACUGAGCCACGGGAUUUCUCCCGCCGGGAGUCGCAGACCGCUCACAAGCAAGCGCCCCUCGCCCGGGGGCCUGGCACUCCCCACCGGCCGUCCCAGUCCUAAAGCACCGCUGGGCCAGCAGCCUGGAGCGACGUCCGAGUGGGGGUGCCCGCGACCUCGCGACGCAGCCCAGCCAGUUCCGGCCGCGGGGCACCGGACCGGCGGCUCUCGGGGGGCGGGCGGAAGCCCCCCAGGGACGCGCCGGCGGUUCUCAAGGGCGGGGCGCGCGCCGUUCGGGGGCAGGUCGGCCGCCAGCCAGCCGCCGCCCGGCCGCGUCCGCGUCUGCGCCGGCGCCGGCGCCUGCGCGGAGCCGCGGAGUCAUUCGCCGCCCCCCCCCCCCCCCCCGCCGCCGCCGCCGCCGCCCGCCAACCCCCGGCAGGGAGCUGGGAGGCGGGGCGGCGCGGGCUGGGGCGGGGCGGCGGGGCGGCGGGGCUGGGCGGCUGGCCGCGCCCGCCGCGAGGACCCCCGGAGCCGGUGGCCGCGCGCUGGGGCCCCUUUUCCUUCCGGCGGGGGGUCCGGGGCCGCGGGGCGGGGCCUCAUGGAGGCCGUUGGCCUGGACAGUUGCGGAGUGGGGUGCACGGCGCGGGGUGCCGAGGGGCGGCCGGCACCCGAGGCGAGGGUGCACUUCCGAGUGACGAGGUUCAUCAUGGAGGCAGGAGUCAAGCUAGGGAUGCAGUCCAUUCCCAUCGCCACUGCUUGUACCAUUUACCAUAAGUUCUUCUGCGAGAUCAACCUGGACACCUAUGACCCCUACUUGGUCGCCAUGUCUUCCCUUUAUUUGGCCGGCAAAGUGGAGGAACAGCACCUGCGCACUCGGGACAUCAUCAAUGUGUCCAACAGGUAUUUCCACCCGGGCGGCGAGCCGCUGGAGCUGGACUCCCGCUUCUGGGCUCUUCGGGACAGUAUAGUGCAGUGCGAGCUCCUCAUGCUGAGGGUCCUGCGUUUCCAAGUCUCCUUCCAGCACCCGCACAAGUACCUGCUCCACUACCUGAUUUCCCUCAAGAACUGGCUGAACCGUUACAGCUGGCAGCGGACCCCCAUUUCCGUGACUGCCUGGGCCCUGCUGCGGGACAGCUACCACGGGGGGCUGUGCCUCCGGUUCCGGGCUCAGCACAUAGCCGUGGCAGUGCUCCACCUGGCCCUGCAGGCCUAUGGGGUGGAGGUGCCCGCCGAGGCCGAGGCCGAGAAGCCGUGGUGGCAGGUGUUUAGUGACGACCUUACCAAGCCAAUCAUUGAUAACAUUGUGUCUGAUCUCAUUCAGAUUUAUACCAUGGACACAGAGAUCCCCUAAGGCCCUGGUCCAGGCCUGCCCAAAGAAGCCCGGGAUGCUCGGCUGCCUGGGGACGGCAUCACCACGUCGCUGUGACGGCUGGUCCCCAGAAGACCAGCUGGGGGGACUGGUUUUGUGCUGCUGGAGACGGGCUGGUGAAGGCGAUGACCUGCUGCCACUCUGAUUCUCAUGCUGACUGUCCCCGGCAGCUGUGGUCCAGACGGUGAUGGGCACUGUGCCUCCUGCGGGCAGGCCGGGGUGCACCAGGGGAAGGGCCCCCCAGGCAUCCGUGUCUGCUUCUGUCCUUUGAGAGGACGGUGACUGCAGUUGAGGUGUGACGUCAUUGGAAGCAAAAUCAAAGAACAGACGAGACUGUACGCUUGGGGAUUUUUUAAAGCCAGAUUUAUAGGAAGUAUGAAUGUGCAACACAGAUGGAAUUUUAUUUUGUAUAAUAAAAGAUGAUACAAAUCGUC